UCUUGGAGUCACUUUUCUCCUCUUUAAUGGUCCGUCUUCCUUGUUUAACCUCUCAAUCCCAACAUCAUAACUUAUUGGAAUUUCCACUAAUUUAUUGUAAUCAACCUCGUUACCCGUUCUGUUCUUCCUCAAGCCUUCCGAAUCAAAUACACUCUCCAUGUCCAUAGCAGCAAGGCCCUUUAAGGAUUCAUGAUCAUUCCUCCAAGAACCAUUCCUCUUGCAAUUGACUUGACUACUUUCCCCCUUUUCCAUCAUUGGCACCUUGUUAUCCUGCUGUCGUGACAAGUUUGCAAAGGAAUUCCCAUUCGAAUCAACAAUAAACAACCCUGAAUUCACCGCUUCCAAAUUGCCAGGAGGAUUAAUAAUAGCACCAGGGACUUCAGCUCCCAGCAUAGUAUUCUGCAUAUUGCUCGAAGAGUCUUCAUACAUCACCGGCCUUUGAACAUGCUGCUGAAGUAAUUCAUUGGUCGCUGCCUUUGAGACAGUUUGGGCUUCUCGUUUGUCAUCAGCUUUGAGCCAUGGUCCAUAUGUUUUUUUUCCAAUUGCCCAAUCCAUCUUCAAACAUCUUGGGAGUGCCUGUACAAACCCGAGUAUCAUGCCCUAAAAAACCACAAUUAAAGCACAUAAAUGGAAGACGUUCGUACCUGAACGGGAGCCAUUUCUUUCCCCCAAUCGAAGGAAAUAAAAGGCCAGGGAAUAGAGGUUUGGUGAUAUCACACCAGACUUUGAAUGUAAAGAAAUCCUUGGUUACAAUUCGUGGAAUAUCCGCCAUUUGAACGUCAAUUACCUCCCCUGCUAGACUUGCCAAGCGAGUUAGAUUACUUUGAGUUAUUGAACGGGAAGGAAGAUGGUAAACCCGUCCACAGAUUGGGAAUCGCAGAAGUUCUUUUUCCUAAUCUUGUGGCAAAGAUGUCAUACGUUCAAGAAUCAGAGUUCCAUAAUUGAGGAACCAAGGAUUUUUGCCCAAGAUCCUGUUCAGAUCUUGUGCUGAUUUGAAUGUAAACACCAAGAAACUUGAUUGUUUAUUGCUGUGUUUAAUUUCCACACCCCAGUUAUUAUCAGCAAUUCCUCAUACCCUACCUAAAAUCGUCUUCAGAAGAGGACGACUCAUCGGUUUAUUGGAACAGAAUCGGCCCUUCGCGCAGUGACCUCCAGCAACGUCUCCCCGAGCUUCGUUGAUUUCCCACCCAUCUUCAUCCAGCACGGUAAGGUUUGAAGCUUUGGCAAGGAGAUCAUCCAUGGUGAUAUCAGGCUUUUGCAGCAUAUCGGUUUCGGAAGGCUCUUCUCCAAGAGAGAGCAUAUCGGUUCAUCUUAACAUCCACUACUCUUAAUUCAUGUCCAAAUCCAAAUCGAGUAUAUAUUGUUUCAUUUAUAUUUUAUUUCAUUAUCUCCAACCAAAAGUCACUAAGUUCAAAUAAUUAGCGGAUUCUGGGUUUUUGUGGUUGUAUUUUAAUUUACUUGGCGCCAAAAUCAUGCCAUUUAUUGGGGAUGGAGGUGAGAAGAUGGAUAGACGGAGACGAGAGCGCAGGUGAUAUGCUCACUCGAUUUUCAAUCGAACGUCCCUUUUUGCUUCUUCUGCCGCCGCUUCAUCGCGUUCCUCUACGCGUGGGCAAUGUUCUCGAGCUCGUCGGGCCUUCUUCUUCUGCCAAAACUCUCAUCCUAAUUCAGGCUGCUAUCAGUUGCAUUCUUCCCAAGGACUGGAAUGGUGUUCAUUAUGGAGGGUUGGGGCGGCUGGUUGUGUUCAUUGACCUCGAUUGCCGUUUCGACAUCUUAUGCUUUUCGACAAUGCUUAAGCGCCGAAUUGGGCAAGCUAAUGGAUUGCUGGGUAAGACAAAUGUGGGGCGGGAUCAUCUUGAUACACAGAAGUGUGAUGAAAGAAGAAAAUCUACUUUAGAUUAUGAUGAGGAACUAUAUGCUCUAUGCAUGAGACGGUUUUUGUAUGUCCGCUGUUAUGAUAGCUUUCAGUUUCUUGCCUCUCUUAAGACAUUGCAUUAUCAGCUUAAACAGGUUGAAGAAGCUCAACAGUCUAGUGUCUAUUUGCUAAUGAUUGACAGCAUUGGAGCUUUUCAUUGGGUUGAACGUGCUUCAUCAUUUUCUCAGUCAAGUACACACAGCUUAGUUUGCAGGAAAAGCCUUUCUCUUCAGAGUGUUUCAGAAACUGUUGUUCAAGAGAUGAAGAGGCUUCUCCUAAUGCAUCCUAUGCUUGUUAUAGCUACAAAAACAGUCAGCUUGGGGGACAGAUACGCCAAUGAGGUCCAACGAAAAAAGUAUUUUCCAGGUACUACGAGUACUCACAAAGUACCAUGUCGCGAGUACAUGCCUUCAGUCUGGCAGUCUUUUGUCACACAUCGAAUACUCAUACGAGCUUCAGAUGAUGAUUCCACUGUUAGACAUCAACAAAUUGGCCCUGUUUAUUUAUCUGAAUGGCUACUGCCUCCAUUGAGUUUGUUAGACAAAUUUACAGUGAAAGAUGGAUUUUUUCUUCUAGUUUCAUGAAGGUUGGAUUGACAUAUCGUGCAUUGUUUGAUACGUUAUAUUGGUUGCUCAUGUGAUUUAAGAUGGUGACAAGGAGUGAAACAGUUUUUUUUUUUGUUGUUGGAAACAGUUGGUUGAACUUACUGAAACUCUAAGAGGGGAUGAUGUAUACCUUAGUUGCAUUGGACGAAUAUGAAGGAAAUGCUUCAUGUAAUGGAGUGUUACAACAUCACUAGUACAGAAGAUGCUUGAAUAUUGAUAGUAUAGUGAAAAGUUUCCAGUCUUCUAUAAUUAUGGUAAGUGCCACAAGUAAUAUCAGCUGAGAUGGGCAUCACUGCUUAGUUACAAUCAUUUUUAUUUUUUAUUUUUCUUAAAUAGCAUGCUUAAAUUAUAAGCUUGACUAGGCAAGGAGUGGGCUGAAAUGCGAGUGAGAAAGUUUGGGGAGUCUGGUUGAGUAUCUUGCUCGAAUUUCUGGUGCUUGUAUUCCUUUGUCAUUGAUUUGAAAUACCAGUGUAAAUUUCCUCUUCUACUGUUCUGGAGUUGUCAAUUUGGUACUUAAAGGGUAUGAUAAAUUUAUAAAUGUAGAUGUUUGAUUAA